AUGCAGGAAAACACAACAGCUUCUCCAACACCAAAACAAACACAAAAAUCUAGCAAAGCAAAUGAAAAGGGUUUUUCCCUCUUCACCCUUUUCAAGUUUGCUGAUGGAGUUGACAUAUUCUUGAUGGUUUUUGGGUCAAUCUGCGCCAUUGCAAAUGGACUAGCACAGCCUGUUAUGGCACUCCUAUUCGGUGGUGUUGUUGACACUUUUAGCACUGCGGAUUACCAGCAUCUGCCUCAAGACAUAUUGCGGGUAUCUAUCAAGCUACUAUACUUGGCUGCUGGAGCAGGGAUUGCUGCACAAAUCCAGGUCUCAUGCUGGACCAUCACAGGAGAAAGACAGGCUUCUAGAUUACAAGGCUUGUACUUUGAAACAUUGUUAAGACAAGAAAUUGGAUACUUUGACACUGAAAUGACAGUGGGACAAGCCCUUGGGAUGGCUUCAAGUGAUGCCAUAACCAUUCAAGAUGCAAUGAGUGCAGAGAUAGGAAAGUCUAUCCAAUACUUGUCAACCUUUCUUGGCGGGUUUUUAAUUGCCUUUGCUAGAGGAUGGCUUCUGUCUCUGUCCCUGAUUUCAAUGAUUCCUCCUCUUCUCAUUGUUGGAGGGGUUACAGUGAUUAUUCUUGCCAAAAUGUCCAUUAACACUCAAGCUGCUUAUUCUGAAGCCAGAGGUGUGGUGGAAGAGACUAUUGGAGCAAUUAAAACCGUUGUUAUCCUAGAGAAGAAAAUUGACAUUAUUUUCAAAUUCUUGCACAAGGUUUCAUCCUUAACAGCAGAAAAUGAAGCCAUCACUAAGUAUGCCAAGAAACUGGAAAAAGUCAACGUGUUUUCUGCCAGACAAGGAUUGGUCUCAGGGCUAGGAUUAGGAACAGUGUCUUUUAUUCUUUUUGGUGGUUAUGGACUAACCAUUUGGUAUGGAUCUAAAUUAAUCCUAAAGAAAGGUUACACAGGUGGACAGGUUAUCAGCAUUAUAGUUGCACUGGUGUAUGGUGGAAUGGCAUUGUUACAAUCUUCGUCGUGUUUAAACGCAUUAUCAUCAGGAAAAGCUGCUGCAAGUAACAUGUUCAAGACAAUCAAAAGAAAGCCAAAAAUCAAUUCUAUUGAUUCGACUGGGAUUGUACUGGAAAACAUCAAGGGUGAAAUUCAUCUAAAAGAUGUCUACUUCAGAUAUCCUGCAAGGCAAGCUGUGGAAGUAUUCUCUGGUCUAUCUUUACACAUCUCAAGUGGUAAGCAUGUAGCCUUAGUUGGGAAAAGCGGAUGUGGGAAGUCAACAGUGAUUAGUUUACUAGAAAGGUUUUACGAUCCAGAUGCUGGUGAAGUACUAAUAGAUGGUGUCAGUGUGAAGAGAUUACAGCUCAGGUGGCUAAGGGAAAAGAUAGGCUUAGUCAGUCAGGAACCAGUAUUAUUUGCCACAACAAUAAGAGAGAACAUAGCAUAUGGAAAGGAAAAUGCCACAGAAGAUGAAAUCAACAAAGCCCUUCAGUCUUCUUCUGCUGCAGCCUUCAUCAAAGACUUACCACUGGGUCUAGACACCAUGGUAGGCAACCUUGGAGCUCAACUCUCUGGUGGACAAAAGCAGAGAAUUGCUAUUGCUAGGAUAAUUCUAAAGGACCCUACAGUUUUCCUUCUCGAUGAAAUAACGAGUGCAUUGGACACAAAAACUGAAAAAGCAAUCUAUGAUGAAAUCUUCAAGAUUGCAUCAAGACGAACAGCAAUAAUCGUUACUCACAGUUUAUCAAGUGUUGAAAACGUUGACAGUAUUGCAGUUAUGCAUCAGGGAAAAAUUGUGGAGCAAGGAACUCAUGCUGAAUUAAUCAGAAAUCAAGAUGGGCACUAUUCCAAACAAGUUAGCUCACAAGGGAAAAAUCAAGUUGAGAAUUCCAAACGGAUGAAUGGAGAAACAAGAAAGUACAUCACUGAGACAAUGGAAAAUUUUGAGGUUCAUGGGAUAGCAUUUCCAGUAUAUGGGUUCCUAUUCGCAACAGCUAUAACAAUUUUUUAUGAACCUCCUAGUCAGCAAGAAAAAGAUUCAAGUUAUUGGGCACAAAUGUAUGUGUUCAUAGGCAGUAUCACAUUCUUAGCAGUAUUAUCGCAAAACUAUUCAUUUGGAGCUGCAAGUGGUAAGCUGAUAAAGCGAAUUUCAUUGCUAUCAUUUGACAAGAUUGUUCAUCGAGAAAUUUGCUGGUUUGAUGAUCCUUCAAAUUCAAGUGGUUCGGUUGGUGCAAGGCUCUCUUGCAAUGCUUCAAUGUUGCAGAGCCUUCUGAAAGAUGGCUUGUCCCUCCUUAUCCAAAAUAUAUCAACAGUUUUUGCUGGAUUGUUCAUAGCCUUAAUGGAGAACUGGAUGUUGGCAUUGAUACUUGUCGCAUUGUGUACUAUGUUGGCAAUGCUAAGCUUCAUUCAAACAAAAUUCCUCAAAAGAUUUGCUGCAGAUGCUGAGGUUGAUCAGAUGAUAUUUGUAUUCACAGUGCAGCAUGAAUAA